AUGAAAACGACCGAGGCAUACCGAUUGAAACGGAAUUAAGAAAAAUGGCGGGUGUUAAGAAGAAAACCAACACUAACAGUGCAAGAUCUUCACAUGGAGCAGAUUCAGAUUCAGACGAGACUGAUGUCUCAGCUUCUGGUGCAGAUUUUCUACAGAAUCAAAACAAAGAGGAGAGACUUCAAGUCAGACAGGGGUAUCGGGAGCUUAUGGAAAGGCUCGUCGAUCAGAAGCAGGACAUGAUUAACCCAGAGUCCUCAGACUUAACUGAAGCUCUGCAGAAAGCAAAUGACCUAAAUAAAAAUGUACGGAUGCCAAGAGAAGGUGCAUUAGAUUCUGCAGUAAUUCUUAUGAUUUCCAACUGUGGUAGGAUGAAAGCUGGCAAUUAAAAGACUGAUUUCAUUAAGUUUGAACCCAUUGUUGCGGAAAAAUUGAUAUCUUUCAUUAGCGAAGAACAACCUCGACAGGCACGGGAUGUCGCCAUCUCCAGACAGGGUUGGAUCAAUCUAGGAAUGGCUUCACAGAAAUUUUUCUUGAAAUCUCCAGCUUUUCAUUUCAUGGCUGGAUCUUUUGAGAAAGGGGAGCCUGUGAAAAAGAGUAGACGUGCCCCUGAUGCCAAGAAAACUGAAAAAGAGGCUCUGAGUGACAAAGCUACAGUUCCUAAACAGAUGAAGUCGUUCGAUGACACAGAGAAAAAUGAAGCUACGACUGCUGAAGUGGAGAAGUUAUUGGAUUUACUAUGGAAGCUGUACAAGGAGACAGACAGUAAGAAACCCUAUUGCUACUUUGAGUUUGUCCUGCCUGAGUCUUUCAGUCAAACUGUGGAGAACAUUUUCUACACGUCCUUUCUUAUUAGGGAUGGACUUGCACAGAUCUUGUUGGAUGAUGAAAAAUUACCAUUAAUUGAGCCCAUAAAAAAUCCUGAACAAGAGAAAGUUAGAAAGAAUAAGCCACACAAACAGGCUGUGGUCAGCAUUUCUCCUAUGGAGUGGAAGGAAUUGGUACAGGUGUACAACAUCAAUGAUCCAUUAAUUCCCACACGAGAGUCAUUGAAUUCAGGCAUCAGUGGCAAGAAGAAGAAGAUGAAAUAGUGUCCAAAGUCUGAUUACAAAGACUACAGAACACAAGCAUCAAUAUUGAGGAAGGCACACUGGCCAGGGACCUCGAGUGUGAGGUCGAUGAUAGUGUUCAGUCUGUCCAGUGGUGUUCACAACCUAGAACACUCAACCAACGCUUCUGUUCGUGCAUCUGACAGUUUUUCAACCUGAACACAUCCACACCACAUCAUGUGACUAUUUUUGAAGACAAUAUGAUGUCUGUAUAUACAUGUACAUAGUUGAAACAUACUGUAUCUGAACUUGAUACAGGUAAAUAAAGUUACUUUGAAGUUUU